AACCGAAUGGCCGACGACGUCAAGGUAGUAGCGGCGGCGCCUAGCCAUGAAUCCGACUCUGACGGCGACAGCGCCGUUGACAAAACUCGCCGUACAGAUGCAGGCCAACCACCACCAAACGUUGUCCAAACGGUGAUCUUUCAACUGCCGCCACCCAUCGACACAGCCGCAAGAAGGCGUCGGAAGCUGAAACGUACGCGUUUGCAGGUGCAGCGGAUUAUGGGCUGGUACCCUUCCGACGCGAUUCACGAGAUGAUGCAACUGGAUCAGUCUGCAAUUGACGCUGCUGCACGUGAACGAGCAGCACGCAAAGUGAACGACGUCGUCGAGCUUCAGCGCGCGCUCCAACCGCGGAAACGAAAACCCGACAACGUCGAUGGCGGCACAUCCCAACUCUCGCCACGUCACAUCCCCUCUACACCACCAGCGUCGUUGCCGACUCCUUCGAGUUGCAUCACACCGCCGUAUGGCAACGUCUCCCCGGCCGUCGAGGAUGACGUCGCUUUACAAGCUCUCGCAGCGGAAACCGCUGCCCUCGAGGAAAGCCUCGCACGCUUGGAGCAACGCGACAUCACGUCAAGCACGUCCACCAUCGAGUACACGCUCCACAGCGCCACCCCCAGCGACUUCAAUUUCGCCCCCAUGUCAACGCAUCGGCAGCAACUGUCUGGACUUCUCACCAGUUCCUCCACGUCGUCCCAUGACGUGCGGAGCCAUUGUCGAGACCGCCAGAUCUCGACUCAACGUGUUUUGUCCAACAACCUGCGCGAUCUCUAUCUUCAAGUCGCCGCAGUUCCCGUUAACGACGACGGCUACGCCGACCGACGCGAGCGGGACACGUUCCUCGAAGGCCACCGCCAUCAGGUGCGAGCCCGCGCAAGUACCAUCCGCAUCCAAACGGUGUGGCGCAUGCACCGCUUCCGCGCCAUCUACCUCCGCUGGAUAGCCACGAAGCGGCGGAAACAGCGCCGCGUCUUUCGAGCGUGGGUGCUCUUGCAUGCGAUUGACCAAACUGUCCGGGCGAGGCUGUGUCGACGCGCGUUCACCGAGUGGGCGGAAGAAGUCGAGUGCAAUAUCAAGCUGCGCUCCAUCGAACUCAAGCUCCUCCAACACUCGUCCACGUUGUACAAGUUGCCUACCAUCGUGAAGAACCUCUUCGUGACCAACUCGCGUGGCGACGAGUGGCUAAACGGCCCCCAGUCCCUGGAGCGGCGCGCGCGAGCGGUGUCGACGCGGACCGUUCUGUUUGUCGACCAAGCGUUUGCGGCUGUGGAGGAUCGAUCCGGCGACCGGAGUUGCAAUCGCAUCUACGAGCUUCGCAUUGAGAUGGAGCACGCGCGGCAGGCGGUCGCGCGCAAGUUUGUCCAGACCACGUUCUUGAAGUGGAAAGCCAUGCACGAGGCGCACUCGCGCGUCGCAGUCAAUGCCGAGAUGUGCCUCCGGCGCGCGUUCCGGUUGGCAUUCUUGAAGCGGCCAGCGUGGGUCGGUGAGCGCGUGCUCGUCGCGUUCCAGAUGUGGCACCGCUACAGCGUGUUCAAGUGGCACAAGCGACGCUGUUUGGACGUCCCGAUCUUUUCGUCACCGCUCGCGCAGUGGGAUCAGUGGCUCAAGGCAUAUCGGGACGAGCAAAUUCGCAUCCUGGAAGCCCAAGCCAAAGGGCCGUUGGCUUGGAUGCGGCGGUAUUUUCACUUCCUGGCUCGGUUUUGGCACCAGCGACGGGCGAAGAAGCGGGCCAACGUCAAAGCAAAGUUGCACUAUCAACGGCACAUGUUGGCCGAGCUCUUUGCGACCUGGCACGGCGAUACAGUGGCCAACUUGGAAACCCGCAGCCGUCUCAAGCAGGUUUUUCACGCAUGGCGAUUCUACGCGCUGCAGAAGCAGCAUUGCCGUCCGCAAAAACGCCGCGUCGGCAUCAAGACCAAGCAACGGCAAUCCGCGCGGGCGUGGGAAGCCUGGAAGGAAGUGGUGGCCCGGCACGAAAUGACGGAGCUCGACCGUCUCUCCAAACUCCUUCAGCCGCAAGUGUACCCAAGAAUGUGCCAGGUGCUGUUCUACUGGGCCCACGUCGCAUCCCAGCGUGCCAAGCAUCACGUGUUUCAGCGGUGGAAAGCGUCCCUGCUUCAGCGAAAGAACUUUGCCAAGCUCUGGUGCACAUCCACGCAGUUGUAUGCGCAGGCGCUCGUGCGCACGACGUUCGCAGCUCUUCGGACUACCGUGUCGCGGUCCGCCGCGACAUCUCCGCCAUCAACUCUUCAACUCGCUCCCGACCCCGACGCGACACUGGACGCACUCGAACGAGCUUUUCCGUACAUGCACAGCUGUGAAACCCGGAUGGAUGUCGAACCAUACUCGCUGUACUCGUUCCACACGGCCGUGCGCGAUGGCCACGUCGCUGCCAUGGAAGCCAUGAUGCAGCACGACCCGUCCCUCGUGUGCGGCCGCGAGCCCGUCUUCGGCAACACGGCGCUCCACGUGGCUAUUCACCGCAGCGACAAGCACCUCGGGUGGUUUCACCAGCGCGAAGUCUUGAGCUCGUUGUUGGCCCACGGCGCGUCAGCAUUUGCCGUCAACCACCGCGGCCAAAGCGCGCUCAUGGCAACGGCCGAUCUCCACAUGCGGCACUACUUGCAAUCGAACGGGUACGGCUUCAAUGCGACCAACUCUCCUGCACAAAUUCGCUUGCACGGCGCCAACACAACGCCGAUCUGGCACGCCAUUGCCGUCAUGCUUGUACAAGUCGACACCGACGAACGCAAGCUCGGCCAUGCAUGGCUCGGAACCUGGCACAGCUUUAUGCCGCGCCCGCCCCCGACCGACGAGAAAAAGGCCGACCGCGCCCCGUUUCUAUAUGUGAUGGCCAACAAAUUGCUCCAUCGUCAGCGCGUGCAAGCGGUCCAGGAGCGUGUGCGCGCCAUGGUGUCGUCGAACAGACGCAAUACCCACGCCAUGCUGCUGCACGACCGACGGGUGUAUCCCGACGAGUGCUACUUGGAAUGGGUCGCCGGCAGCGACGGCAUCUCCGCUCUCGACGUCCCUCUGAACACGCCAUCGGACGUCCCGCCGUUCCAUGCGACCCAUUACUUUGGCAAGGACACGUCGCACGUGCUGGAAACCCAUCUCGCGACCGAUUUUGUCCAGCAUUUGGUAGCCAAGCCGGCGCUCGAGCUAAAGGCCGUCGAGGACGAAGUCAAGGCGCUCGACACGAUGGUGCGGGCGACAGAGAACCAGUUGCUCCAACUCGAACGCCAUGGCGCCAAGAAGCUCAAAGAAGUGGCCAUAGACGAGCCCACCACGAAAACGUUUGCAUCGAUCGACGAGGAAAUCAUGCACGUGCAGCAUCACAGAGCAUGGACAGAGCUUCGCAUUGCGGUCAAACUCGCCCACCCCCAGCACCCGCCGCCAGUGUCCUCGGACGAAGCCGCCAUCAUCGCCGCGCUCGAAAACGACCUCCCGACCGAAACCGAAGUCCUCGUCAAGCUCGACGACAUGAUCGUGCACGAGAAAAAGCGCGUUGAAGCGGUCCAGGCCGUCGUCGACGCGUCCCGAACAGAGCUCGAAGCACACCAAGACCAGUAUACGCAGCUGCUCGCGUUGUACUCGGGGGAGACGGCCGACAACAUGUAUUCCCAGCUCGUGACGACCCGGCUCGCUGUCGAUGAGCACAAGGUCGCAUGUGAAGCGGCCGAGAAGAAGCUGCGUAAGCACCAGGCCAAGCUCGAGCAGCUCGACACAGUCCUCAAGCUGUAUUCCGGCCCGAUUGACGAGCAGCGGACGUACACGCAGGAAGAGUACGCAACAUUGAGCGGUCUCUUGCACCUUCAUCAGCACUCGUUCGACGAGCUGGCCGUCGCGCGGUCGACGUUGGAGAGUCGCUUCAAAGCCCUGGACCAAGAAUCAUUGGAACAGCCCGCCCAAGCCAACGCCGAGCGCGCGACCCGCAAGAGCUUUCGCACGGUGGCAAAGCGGCUGCUCGUCCAGCACCAAGUCCUCACACAGAUGCGGCGGAGUUCCAGUGCGUUGCUGGAAUUGAAACAGCACAAGUGGUUCAUUCAUCGGCCGUCGUCGCAAGACACACUCGGAAGGGUGGACGAAACGAGGCAGUCCGCCGACCACCCCGCCGCAUUGACCAAGGUCGCGUCGACCGGCGUCGUCCGCGCGGGGCUGCAGCAGUCCCUCGACCACGACAACGUCGUCGUCGCGCCGUCCCUCGUGCAAGCAUACCGCCGCAGCAUCAUGCUGCUCUUCGACGCGGAGCGACAAAUGGUCGCAAACGCGGUGGAGGCCCAGCGGCGCGCCGAACUCGAGUCCCAGGAAUCGUUUGUCGAAGUGAACCCCGUCACAGGGCAAGUCGACCCGCCGCCGUCGUUGCACGCCUCAAUCCAUGAUGGUCCAGCAUCUCAUGCCGCGACCGCAGAUGACGUGGCCAGGUUGGAUCGCGCGCGGCGACGUGGGACGCUAGCCAUGGAUACCGUCGACAUGCCGGACAAGGCGAAUGACAAGGGCGACAUGCGAGUGAAUCGAACGCGGGAGACCCUUCGGCGCAUUCUUCGGACGAAGGGCAACGACGGCAAGGACAAGGUGGAUCUCGACAGCGCGACGCCGGUCCUUGACGACAACGAUAUGCCAUCGCUUUCGCUGGAUGACAUAGAUGCCAGGAGCAAGCGACAAAUCUACGGGUCCCGGUUUGAAUUUGCCAACUUUACCGUGGCCGCCGACUCGGAUGACUCGUCGAUCGCUGCGCUGCUGCCUGGAAGCUCGCGCAUUCCUCAAAGCGCGCGAGGCGGCCCCAUGGCGCUUUGGAAAGCGGACGGCGCAGUCGCAUCGAUCCCUGCCUCGGCUCUCUCGUUUGUCAACAAGAACGUGCAUGAAACCCACGUGACACAGCCGGCCGCGGUCGGCCCACAACGCACGAGUCCACCGAAGACGGCCGCUCGGACCGACGUGCCGCCGUUGCAACGCGCUUCAUCCACACGAAGUCCUGUGCGCCAUCGCCAUUCGACGGUGGAAGGUAUUCCUGACCGAGACGAGCACCGCCAACGCCGUCGCCUGAGCUGCGCGACACCAGUGCUAUCUCUGUCCAACGACGCUCCUGAAGACGCUCGUCCAGACUUGCCGCAUCUCCAACUCGACGCGGCGAAAAAUGUGACCAUGGCCAUCCCACACCCUUCGUCUCGCACCCGACGCAACCUCACGCCGAGAUCCGAGUUGGUGCAAGUCAUCGAAGUGGCAGAGCCCAAGUCCGAGCCACAGGACAGCCAUGAGCUUCGGCAAGGGUCUCCUCGAGACCCUUCCAAGACAGACACCCCACCCGAUCCUGUAGCCGUCGACAUGGAAGUUGCAGAAAUGUCAAUCCUGCCACCGGCCCAACCGGAGGAGUCGCCCCCGCCACCCAAUUCUGACCUGGACGCCGCGCUCGAUGACGUCGAUGCCUUGUUGGAUAACUUUACGACGUUUUCACAAACGUUGUUGCUGCGGCAAUACGUGGGUACAAGCACAGUCACGUCAGCCGUGCAAGAGUCUCUCGCAUCCAGCUCGACGAUGCCGAGACCACGGGUCGGCCAUCUCCCUUUGAAUGCGACGGCAGUUCCCCUUCGCUCCAUGGACGACAUCCUCCAGCGGGACGAGUCGCUUCGCCAACGACGACUCAAAACCAAGCAAAAAUACCCGAAGCGAACCACGUCAACCAACGCGCUUCCGUCGAUCGCGGACCCGGCGUCGCUAUCCCUCGUCGGCAAGUCCUCAACCCUACGAGCGCCGCAGUCCAUGUCGCGGCUGACCAAGGCGCCGCGCUUCAUUCCCGGCUACUCGGCACACUCGACGAAUCGCGACGUCAUGCCCCUCGACGACAACCAGUCGCUGUCGGCAUCCGAGGAUGAUUGGGGAGGUCGCAUUCCCCUCGUUGAGUUACAAUUAUUCCACGACCCCCCCAAGGUCCCCAAAGCAGUGGCCCCCUGCCUUGCCAACGGCCAGCCCUUGAAACACCACGUGACGAUGCUGGAAGAGCGCCCGUUCCACAAAGCGUUCGACGCCACGCAGGUUUUCGACCACUUGCCACAACAGACGGCGAUGGGGCUCGUGGGAACUCGGCUACAUCGAGACCAGCACGCGCAAUCCAUGCCUGCUCUAUUGCCGCCGCAAGUACAGGCCGCGGGUGUCCAAGGGGGCCGACUCACCACUGAGCAGCGGGGCAUGGUGUGGCACGCAUUUGCAAACAAGCCCAUGGACGAUGCCGUCAAACAAGCGUACGCAGCUAUUUAUCCCCACACGUACCACACCACGGACACUUGUCCAGCCCCCACCUCCACGAAGACACACGAUCAAAGCAAUGCCAACGCCUCGACGUCGACGACGAGUGUGGUCGCUGGGGUCGCGCUGGACCGCUCCGUGGCGCCAGUAGUGCAUCCUGUACCGAGUCCACAGCGUUUCGCCCGAGGACGUGACGUCAAGUCCAAGGACGUGUGCUUCUGGCAAGCUGUCGAAGGGUUCAAGUCGAUUCAAGACAUGCCUACAAAAGGCGCCGCGUUUCAAUUGCCCCCUGCGAAGUUGCGGCGACUGCGUCGCGCGGCAGAAAUCUACGACGAAUUCCUGCGUCACGAUAGCCCCCAAGUGCUUGCUUGGCUGCUGCGCGACCAUCCUGCCACGGUCCAAGCCAUCGAAACGCAGGUCGCGGCGGGCGACGUGGCGGUGAACCGGGUCUUGUUCGACGCGGCCCAGCGCCUUGUAGAAUGCCGCAUGAAGCAGCAACGACGGAAAGAGCACCAACAUGGCACGACAGAGUAACACGCAUCGUUUUCAUGUUGCCCGCGCGUUGUAC